AUGUCGUCGCCUGUCAGUUUGAACAAGGUGGCUGCGCGGCGGUUGCAUGCCACGGCCCAGCAUCUGAAGCCAGCGACGUCUGCCGUGGCCGAGUCGUAUCCUACGAACCACGAACCAAUACAGUCGCCCGCAGACACACCGAACUUUCUCGACAACCAAUUCGUGGCCUCCAAGGCGACACAAUGGAUUGACCUGCACGAUCCUGCCACCAACAACUUGGUGACGCGCAUCCCACAGAGCACAGAUGAGGAGCUCAGGGCCGCUGUCGACAGCGCACACAAGGCGUUCAAGCCGUGGAAGGAGACCAGCUUGCUUCACAGGCAGCAGAUUCUGUUCAAGUACACACAUUUGAUCCGUGAGAACUGGGAUAGGCUGGCUGCUAGCAUUACGCUGGAGCAGGGCAAGACGUUUGGCGAUGCUCGGGGUGACGUCCUUCGUGGUCUGCAGGUUGCCGAGACUGCCUGCGGUAUCACCACCCAGAUGACGGGCGAGGUCCUCGAGGUUGCCAAGGACAUGGAGACGCGCAGUUAUAGGGAGCCAUUGGGUGUGGUGGCUGCCAUAUGCCCUUUCAACUUCCCCGCUAUGAUUCCCCUCUGGACCAUCCCUAUUGCCACUGUGACGGGUAAUACGUGCAUCAUCAAGCCCUCAGAGCGCGACCCAGGCGCUUGCAUGAUUCUUGCUGAGCUUGCUGAGAAGGCCGGCUUCCCUCCUGGUGUUGUCAACAUUGUUCACGGUGCGGCCAAGACGGUCGACUUUAUCCUCGACGAGCCCCGCAUCAAGGCCAUCAGCUUCGUGGGCAGCAACAAGGCUGGAGAGUACAUCUACUCGCGCGCGUCGGCCAACGGCAAGCGCGUCCAGGCCAACCUGGGUGCGAAGAACCACGCCGCUGUCCUUCCCGACUGCAACAAGAACCAUGCGCUGAAUGCCAUUGCCGGUGCUGCCUUUGGUGCUGCUGGUCAGCGAUGCAUGGCUUUGAGCACUCUGGUUAUGAUUGGCGAGACCAAGGACUGGGUCCCUGAGAUUGCCGAGCGCGCAAAGGAGCUUCAGAUGAAUGGAGGCUUUGAGGAGGGUGCGGACCUUGGACCUGUAAUCAGCCCAGAGUCGAAGAAGAGAAUUGAGGACCUGAUUGCAAGUGCUGAGGCGGAGGGUGCUACGAUUCUCCUUGACGGCCGCGGCCAGAAGCCUCCGUCUGACAAGUAUGCCAACGGUAACUGGGUAGGCCCUACCAUCAUCGCCAAUGUCAAGCCCCACAUGAAGUGCUACACAGAGGAGAUUUUUGGCCCCGUCCUUGUCUGCUUGAACGUUGAGACUAUCGACGAGGCUAUUGACAUGAUCAACGCAAACGAGUACGGCAACGGAACAGCCAUCUUCACACGCUCAGGUGCGACUGCCGGUCGCUUCCAGCGCGAGAUUGAGGCGGGUCAGGUUGGUAUCAACGUACCCAUUCCCGUCCCUCUCCCCAUGUUCUCCUUCACCGGCAACAAGAAGUCGGUUGCAGGCGGCGGCGCAAACACCUUCUACGGCAAGCCUGGUCUGCAGUUCUAUACGCAGUUGAAGACGGUCACGAGUCUGUGGAGGAGCGAGGAUGCGGUGGCGACCAAAGCGUCUGUGAAUAUGCCCACGCACAGCUAG